AUGACUCAAAAACUGCUGUUGGCGGAGGGCCUUGACCUGCUGCGCCAGUGCGAGCAGCACGAGUACGACGUGGAUCGGACAAAACUUCGCAUCAGCAGCCACAACCGCUACUGCAGCGAGCUUGGGCGGCUGCUGCAGAGCUACGACACGGUGUACCACCAAUACGUGCGUGGCAUCCAGAUCUUGAACUACGUGCGCCACACAGCCCUCGCGGACACGAACCCCGUAAACGCGCAAUACGCCAAGAACCUGUCAGAGUUCUGCGCUGCUAAGAUCACGGCGUACAUGACGCGGUGCAGCAACAUCAUUCGCAAGACUGACGGCAUUCUUGUGCCCAUCGAGCAGAUCGACCUCAUCACGAAGGAGGGCUACGUCCCGGAGGACACCAUCUACCUGCAGGACGGCAUCACGUACCCGUUGUCGCGGAAGGAGAAAGUCAUAGCGAAGGAGUUCGCGCUCACGGCCGGCACGUACGUCCUGACGCUCAAAAACCGUGACGACUACACGCUGGCGGCGCCGGAGGUGGACGUGGCGCUCGUGGUCCUGCCUCAGCGAGGCAGCGGCUUUGAGCCGUCGCGCGUAGAGAUGAAGUUGCCGUGCCAGUGUGGGUGGCGCAAGGUGGUCGGCGUCGCGGAUGUGUCGACGGUGCAGCUGGAGAUCCGCUACAGCGGCAUCCGCGAUGCGCACGUUGACGUGAUCUUCCAAAAAUGGUGCGCCAUCGAGGACAUCGGCCGCUCCGGCGGCGUGGUGAACGGCCCCGGCCCAGCGCUGUCGCCGUCCGCCUUCGAUGGUGGUGAUUACAACUCGGUAUGCAAAUCCCCGCCAAACCGCGGCGGUAGCGGCGGCGCUGCGGGCGGCUUCUCCCAUCACUCGUGCACGCCCGCCCAUGUGUCGGCAAGUGACGCGGGGGCGCCGGCGCACCAGCAGCCGCAGCAGUGGGUGAACAGUCUUCCGCAGCUGCCGGAUGAUGAGCUGGCGACGCUGGCGAACUACAACGUGCCCUCGGCGAGUCUACCAACGGUGCCGGACCGCCCCGCCGACGGCAGUGGAGCUGCUUCGUCGGCAGCGCCCUCCUCGGCCGAGGACCCAUGGACAGCGCUCGCCAACCUCAACGUCCCGUACGCACCAACGACGCGCAACGCACCGAGUGCGGCGUCCGUCAUGCAGGUGCCAGAGCCGGUGGAGGUGAAUCCGGCUGGCAUGACGUGUCGCCAGCGGCUCGACAAGAUCCACCAGCUAAUGGACGCGUGGCCCUCGAUCGGUGUGGUCGCCUGCGCGCUGCCGGCUGAGCCACAAGGCUUCAUGCAAGGCGUCCAGGCUCUGCCUUUUCCGCGUGAGCUCUCAGCGUGA